AUGGGAUUGACCACAGCACAGAAGGAUAAAGUCAAGCGUGUGAUCCCCAAGGCAUCGCAGAAGGUGCUUGAUGGUGCCAUUGCCCGGUUGUACAUUGCGUACCCUGAUCCACAACAAUGGACGUACACUGGGCUCAGCGGAGCCGUCGUUCUGGUUGACGAUCUGGUUGGCCACUCCUUCUUCCUCAAGCUGGUUGAUAUCCAUGGCCAGCGCGGCGUUGUGUGGGAUCAGGAGCUGUAUGUGGACUUCCAGUAUAACCAAGACCGGUCCUUCUUCCACACCUUUGAGCUGGAAGACUGCCUAGCUGGCCUACUGUUCGACGAUACAUCUGACGCUACGCACUUCUACAAGAGAGUGUGCCAUAGGGAGAAGCAUGGCUCGAAGAAGACCGUGAACAAUAAGCAGGCCAUUGCGCUGAAGAAGAGCAUGCCCGAGGAAUCGAGGGCUCCGGGGCCUCGUGGAGAGCUGUUG